UUCAAAUUUGCUUAGCGUCGAGAUGAGACACGUAUGGACCGUAGUGGUGCUGAUGACAGCAUCGGCUCUUGCGGAGUAUCGAAUAUUGUAUGGUGGGAAUUUAAUGGUUAGCAACGGCGGCUAUAUAAGUAACAUGGACACUGGCAUCAUAUCCGGGAGCUUAAAGGGCAGACCUCUCGAAAAUGUUGGAAAUCAGGCUGGAUAUGGAUACGUUAAUGGUGACAUCAACGGAGCUCCAUUCGGACAGGGAACAAACGGAUUGUUAGGAUCUAGCAAUGGUGGAGGACCCUUUAUCACAUCUGCAAGUCAAAGAGGAGGACCUUUUGCGAUUUCUAGCAGUAUGCCAGAAAGCAGCGGAGGAUCUUUUGGACAAAGAAACACGGGAUUAAUAAGCGGUAGUAACAGCGGGGGACCAUUAAAAGUCAACAUCGAUCAGGAAAGUAUUAUAUAUGGAGGACAGAGCGAAGGACCUAUUCGCAGUCAGCCUAGAGAUGAAUUUGUGAUUGGCGGAAGCAGUGGAGGACCCUUUGGACAAGAGAUAACUGGAUUAAUAAGGGGUAGUAAUAAUGGUGGACCAUUUCAAGUAAAUAUCGGCCAGCAAGGUAAUAUUGCUGGGAGCCAAAUCGGAAGAUCUUUUGGAAACCAGGGUACACAUGUAAACGCUGGCAGCGGUAGGGGAUCUUCCGGACAAGAAAACAUUGGAUUUAUAAGGGGAAGCAACACUGGAGGACCAUUUAAAAUAAACGCCGAUCAGGAAAUUAUUAUAUCUGGAGGACAGAAUGAAGAUCUUUUUGGAAAUCAGGCUACAGAUGUAUUUGUGAAUGGUGGCAGCAGUGGAGGACUCUUUGGACAAGAGAAAACUGGAUUAAUAAGGGGUAGUAAUAGUGGUGGACCCUUUCAAGUAAAUGUCGGCCAGGAAGGUAAUAUAGCUGGGACCGAACUUGGAAAAUCUUCUGGAAGCCAGGGUACACAUGUUAACGCUGGCACUGGUGGAGGAUUAAUAAGGGGAAGCAACACUGGAGGACCAUUUAAAGUUAACGCUGAUCAGGAAAGUAUUAAAUCUGGAAGAAAGAAUGAAGGACUUUUUGGAAAUCAAGCUAGGGAUAAAUUAGUUAACGGAGGCAGCAGUGGAGGACCCUUUGAACAAGGACAAAUAGGAUUAAUAAGAGGUAUGAACAGUGGCGGACCCUUUCAACUAAAUGUCGGCCAGGAAGGUAUCACGUCUGGAAGCAAUAGCGGGGGACCUUUCGGAAAUACUGGAAAUAUGCCUGGCGAGGGGUUGGUAAAUGGACACAACACUGGAGGACCGUAUGGACAGGCAAGCGAUAGAUUCAUACGAAGUAGCAGUGUUGAAGGACCUUUCAGAUCUAACAGAGGCAUCAUAUCUGAAAACCAAAACGGCGGACCUUUUGGAAAUCAAGCUGGAAAUGGUUUGGUUAACGGUGGCGUCAAUGGAGGACCAUUUGGUAAAAUAGAAGGGGGUUUAAUUCAAAGUGGCAGCAGUGGAGGGCCUUUUAAAGCAACUGUCGAGAAGGAUAGUAUCGUAUCUGGAGGCCAGAGUGGAAAAAUUUUUGGAAAUAAUGGAUUGAUUAACGCUAGCGGCAGUGGAGGACCUUUAUUGUGAGAAAUAUGUGUAUUAAGCAGAGGCUUCAUAAAGAUCAAAUAGCUUUUCUGUUGUACAUUAUCUUUUGAUUAAAAUACCAAAUGCCAUUGAACUUUA